AUGGCUUCAGUUAUACUAGGAAUCCUUCUCGUACUCGUUCCACUUCCCCUUUCCACCGAAGCUCAGUUCGGCGGCAACUUGACCUUGGGCAACUCGUCGACGGCAAACGACCAGAAUUCUUCCUGGUUGUCGCCGUCGGGUGAGUUUGCCUUCGGCUUCCGGAGAAUGGGAGCAGGAGCUUAUUUGUUGGCUAUAUGGCUCGAGAAGAUAGAGGACAAGACCAUAGUCUGGUCGGCAAAUGGCAAUAGUCUAGCACCUGAAGGUUCGAAAGUCCAGUUGACCGCAGACGGUGGGCUGGUGCUUACCGACCCAAGAGGGAGAGAGCUGUGGUCUUUUGGCCUGACUGGCACGGGCUUAACGUAUGCAGCCAUGCUCGACACGGGGAACUUCAUCCUAGCAAGCGCGAACCACGUCAACUUGUGGGAUUCGUUCAACCAACCAAUGGAUACAAUAUUGCCUACACAGCAGUUAAAUCUUGGGGCUAAUGUUAAAGCUCGCUAUUCCGAAAUGAAUUACUCCACCGGGAGAUUUCUCUUCGCACUGCAAACCGACGGAAAUCUCGUGCUCUAUGCCACUCCUGCCCCGCGGGUAGUCUCAGAUGCAUACUGGGCCACCAACACCAUCACCGCUGGCCGUAUCGGCUUCCGGAAUGGAACAAUACUCAACACCAUCACCGCAGAACCAGUUCCAACCAGCGGAUAUUACCAAAGAGCGAUCCUUGAAUACGACGGGGUAUUCAGGCAAUAUAUCCACCCUAAGACGGCAAAUUCAAGUUCUGGCUGGCCAAUGCACUGGUCGAUGGUCUCUUCCCCGGUCCCUUCAAAUAUAUGCACGAGGAUCAAUCGAGACGGUACUGGAGCUUGUGGCUUCAACAGCUACUGUACUCUUGCAGACAAUCAGAGGCCCCGAUGCCAGUGCACCCCUGGAUAUAUCCUGUUAGAUUUGACGAAUGAGAUGAACGGAUGCAGACAGGACUUCAUAUCACAGAGUUGUGAUGGAAGUAGGCCUGAAAAAGACCAGUUUGCUUUGCGUGACAUGCUCAAUACAGACUGGCCGCAGUCUGACUACGAGGUUAGCGAAUCGAAAACCGAGGACUGGUGCCGAGAGGCUUGCUUGGCCGAUUGUUUUUGCGUAGUCACUGUUUUCAAAGAUGGAAAUUGCAGGAAAAAGAAGAUCCCUCUUUUAAAUGGUAGGAAGGAUUCUAGUGUGGGUGGAAAAGCUCUGAUCAAGGUCCGGAUAGAUGACUCGACUUUGACAUCUAUAGGAAAUGGCCAGAAGAAGAACAAGAACUCAACUCUGAUCAACCAAGCCACGCACAUGCGAACUUUCAAUUAUCAGGAGCUUCAAGAAGCAACAUAUGGAUUCAAAGAAGAACAGGGUAGGGGUUCUUUUGGAAUAGUGUACAAAGGUGUUCUUAGAUCUGAGGAUACAAACUUGGUGGUAGUAAAAGUGUUGGCGACAAUGACUGGAGAAAGCGAGAAGGAGUUUGAAAGAGAAGUGAGUGCAAUUGGCCAAACUAACCACAAGAACUUGAUCAAGUUGCUUGGACUCUGCAAUGAAGGUCAACAUCGACUAUUGGUGUAUGAAUUCAUGAGCAAUGGCACUUUGGCAGAUUUCCUAUUUGGCGCUUCAAAGCCCAGGUGGUACAGAAGAAUAGAAAUUGCCUGCGAUGUUGCGCGGGGGCUCUCUUACUUGCACGAGGAUUGCACCAAGCAUAUAAUCCACUGCGACAUCAAGCCGCAAAAUAUUCUUCUCGAUGGCUCUUUCACUGCAAAAAUCUCAGACUUAGGAUUAGCUAAGCUCUUGAUGGCAAACCAAACACGAACGACCACUGGAGUCAGAGGAACCAGAGGUUAUUUAGCGCUAGAAUGGUUCAGGAAUAUGCCUAUUUCUAGCAAGGUAGACGUUUAUAGCUUUGGCAUUUUGUUGGUAGAGCUCAUCUGCUGUAGAAAGAAUUAUGAGCCAGAAGUGAAAAUUGAAGCUCAAAUUGUGCUAGUCGACUGGGUGUAUGAUUGCUACCACGACGAGAGCAUACUUGAGCUAGUGGAGAGCGACGAGGAGGCAUCGAGUGACAUAAAGAGGGUGAAAAGAUUUGUGAUGACAGCAUUGUGGUGCAUCUAG